CUUCUGUACCCCAUCUCCACAUAGAGAAGCGGAUGGAGGGAGCUUGGCAAUGCAAAUCUCUGUCACUCUCACAUGCUGUGUGUGUGUCCCUCAUUCUCACAAAGACCAGCUGUCCUUCACUUUCAGCUCCUGACCUAACACAUACCUGGGAGCAGUUGGUCAUGGUGGAAUUGUCAGGAAUUAUCGAUUCAGACUUUCUAGAAAAAUGUGAAAACAAAUGCAAGGUUUUGGGAAUAGACACAGAGAGGCCCAUUUUGCAAGUGGACAGAUAUGUCUUUGCUGGGGAGUAUGAAGAUACUCUUGGAACCUUUGUGGUGUUUGAAGAAAAUGCAGAGCCUGAUGCAGAAGGAAACCAAAAACUACAGCUGAAAUACAAGUGCCAUACAAUGAAGAAGCUGAACAUGACACGGACACUUCUGUCUGAAAAGAAGGAAGGAGAAGAGAACAUAGGUGGUGUGGAGUGGUUACAGAUCAAAGACAAAGAUUUCUCAUACAACAGACCUAAUAUGAUUUGUAAUUUUCUGCAUCAAAAAGAAGAUUCUGAGGAGACAGCACAGGCCCAGGACAAACUGGCAGAUGAGUCAGAGGGAGAGGUCAGUGACAAAGGGAACUCUGACCUGAGUUAUGAACUGGAGAAACAGCAUAUCAUGGACAUGGAUGACUCUGUCUCUCUCCUUGGUAGCCCUGUCUCUGAAGCAGAGAACUCUCCUUCAGGAAUUGCCCAGGACAUUACCUUAGAUGAUGCUCCUAGUUGAUAUCAUGUCUGCAUCAUCAAGAAGUGAUGAUUAAUGGAAUUAGUUAAUACCAUGAACCAUAUUUUAAAAGUCCCCUCAACCUGAUUUCCACUUUAUCUGAGUAAUUAAUAGUGAGUGCAAAACAGCACCCACAAAUUUGGAAGCCAUUUUUAGGUCUUGAAUGUGAUGAUUUUAGUCUCCACCUCUGUUAAAUAUGCAUGCCUCUCCAGCAUCUGGCCUCUUGAGUUGAAGAACAGAAAUAAAUGACUAAAUGAGAAGGAGACACCACAAGAAAAACUGAUACAUUGCACAUCCAUAAUUAUUAGUAAAAUAUUUUCUUUAAGAUAUCUGUUGCAAAAUAAAGUCAUGACAUUUUCUGUUAUGAUUUCAGCUUGGAAAUUCAUGUCCUUGCCCCUGUGCAUGUUCCUUUCAGGUAAAGCUAUACAAGUGACCUUUUGAUAAGAUUCGUUGGCACCCUACAAAACACAUCUGAUUUGUGUUUGGUAGCCUCUUUCUUUCCUCCUCCAAUUCCAUAUGGACCCCAAUAGGAGACCACUUCUGGUCAGAAUGUUUUAAUCAGCAGUUAGUUUGCAGAGUGAUCUAGGAGUGUUUUUUCAACAAAUGGCAGAAUGCAUUUUUGGUUUUUUUGUAACAUCUCACUGAGUUGAAUAGAAUCUCACCCCUUUUUUGUCCAUUUUGCACCAGUGAUUCAUUGAUAUACAGGCAGUCCCUGAUUUACGCGGAUCCGCACUUACGAAAGGGGCUCUCUCG